AAGCAUGCCAUUAGUAGCUUCUCAUUUAUUAAUUUCAUGGACCAAAAGUGAGUUGAAUUCACGUGUAUAACAGGAAACAUGUUGUUCACAUCACACAGAGAUUCAAGAAUCAGAGUAUGGAAUUUCACAGCUUCACAUAACCUGACAUCCAAGAAGCUAUGUUCACUCCCCAAAAGAACCUCUUUCCUGUUAUUCUCCAAAACAGAGACAACCCAUCUCCACAAAGACACCAUAUCCUGCAUGGCUUAUUACCACGCGCAGGACCUUCUCUACACCGCCUCCCACGACAAAACCGUCAAAGCCUGGCGGAUCUCCGACCGAAAAUGCGUUGACUCCUUCCUCGCCCAUGAGGACAAAGUCAACUCCAUAACAGUCAACCAAAAUGAUGGUUGUCUCUUCACCUGUUCCUCUGAUGGAACUGUCAAAAUCUGGCGAUGUCUAUACCGGGAGAACUCCCACACACUCACAAUGACACUCAAGUUCCAAACUUCCCCUGUGAAUGCUGUCGUUCUCAGCUCCCAUUCUGACGGCGAGACGUUCCUCUACUCUGGUUCCUCUGAUGGGACAAUCAACUUUUGGGAAAAGGAGAGGGUUUCUUACAGAUAUAACCAUGGUGGGUUCUUGCAAGGGCAUCGAUUUGGGGUGCUGUGUUUGGCGGUGGUGGAGAGGCUGGUGUUGAGUGGGUCGGAGGAUACGACGGUGAGGAUAUGGAGGAAGGAGGAGGGGGGUUGUUACCAUGAGUGCUUGGCGGUGCUUGAUGGGCAUAGAGGGCCGGUCAGGUGCCUGGCUGGGAGCUUGGAAAUGGAGAACAUGGAUAUGAGUUUCUUGGUUUAUAGUGGGAGUUUGGAUCAGUCGUUUAAGGUCUGGAGAGUGAAGGUAAUGUUGGCUGAAGAAGAGAACAAUGGUGGGGAUUUGAAGAUGAACAAGCUUUAUGAGAUGAGUCCAGUCUUGUCUCCUUCUUGGGUUGAGAAGAAGCUUCAAGCUUCUAACUAUUAG